CACACACACACUCUAGAGAGGGAAAGAGAUGGGUUCCAUAGAUGGCUUUGUGAUGAAUGGAGGUGAUGGAGAUGAAAGCUACACAAGAAACUCCUCUUUCCAGAAAUCGGCCAUCGACACCUCCAAAUCGCUCAUUCGAAAGUCGAUAGCCGAGCACCUAACACUCACGAGCUCACGAACUUUCCGCAUCGCCGAUUUAGGCUGCUCGGCCGGUCCCAACACUCUCUUCGCCGUGGAGAACAUUCUCGACGCCAUCAAACUCAAACUCUCGACACACUCAAAUAUUCCAGACAACAAUAACAACAGCAACAACAAAAACAGCAACAGCCAAAACAGCAACAACAAGAAUAGCAAAACGUCUGCAGAAUUUCACGUCUACUUUAACGACCACGCGCUCAACGACUUCAACACGCUCUUCAAGUCCCUCCCGACAGAGAGGGAUUAUUACGCGUCGGGUGUCCCGGGAUCGUUCCACGGUCGGAUUUUUCCGAGCGGGUCCCUCGACGUGGUGCACUGCUCGUCCGCGCUCCACUGGCUCUCCGAGGCGCCACGCAUGGCGAACCCUGGAAGAGCGUACUGUUGCGGGGCCCGCGAUGAGGUGGCGAAAGCGUACACGUGGCGCCACGCGGAUGACGUGUCUCGGUUUUUGGAGGCGCGGGCUCGUGAGGUGGUCCAGGGAGGGUUGGUGGUGCUCGUCAUCCCGGCUCGUGGGAAUGGGGUCCCAUACACUAGGUUGGGUUGGAGCGUUCUUUUGGAUUUGUUGGGGGAAUGCCUUGUGGAUUUGGCUAGAGAGGGAAUAUUUGAUGAAGAGAAGGUCGACGAGUUCAAUUUUCCCUUCUACUUCACUUCUCCACGAGAGUUGGAACAAAUUAUAGAACAAAAUGGAUUUUUCAUAAUAGAAAAGAUGGAGGGUUUGACUGAAGUCAAAAGCGAGGUCGAUUUUAUCCAUGACCUCCAAUACGCAGCCAAGUUCUUCCGAGCCACCACAUCGGAGCUUAUAGGGAAUCACUUUGGGCAUGAAAUACUCGAUCGAGUCUUUCAUACUCUUUUCCCACAAAAACUUGUCAGAGAAAAGAAUCGUGUAAUCUCAUCUUCGCCUUCAAUAUUCUUGUUCGUGCUUCUCAAACGCCGGCCAGAUAUUCUGCAAAACUAAGUGAUGAUUGAUGGAAUAAUUAAGGUUUGAUUAUUAUAUGUGAUGCCAAACACUUUGUUAUCUAUCGGUGUGAGUGAUUUUCUUAUGUAUUAUGUCGUUGAAUUGAUGAAUGAGGGAGAACUUGAUUUGGAAAAAUUGUAUCACAAAAUGGAUGUGGACAAUUUUAAUUGAAUCCUUUUAAGUUCAUAUAUAUUAAUUGUGUAAGGAAAUCAAUGGUGCAAUUGAUCUAUUC